UUGUUAUGUCAUCAAGGUUUUUGUGCAUCAAUGACACCCAGCACAAUUUUAAUAUUAUUGUCUGACAAGUAUUUAAUGACGACAUGCAUCGGAAAAUUAGGCUAAUCGCUAAAAAGUACUAGUCAGUAGCCAAGCUCGUUAUCACUGCAAAUCAUGGAGAAAUUAUUGAUUGAAAUUAUUGUCAUUCUUGCCACCACUGCAAUGCUCGUUAGCACCAACGCAAUUCCACCGUCGCCACAUACAACCAAGUCUGAAAUUUGUCCCCACGGCGUGCAUUAUAUCGAUGCUUGUAAGAACGCUUGCUCUUGCGACCCCCAACGCGGUGGCGCAAUAUGUUCACGAAUGACGAACUGUGACGAUUCAGACGGUGUCUGCCCUUUCGGAGCCACUUUCACGGAUCCUUUGUGGGGUUCAAAUUUCAAGUGCCAAUGCAACAAGGAUAACUCGCAAACCUACGAAUGCUUCAACCUACUUAAUUUAAGCAACUAUUUUCUCUACUACAAGCGUCGAAUUCUGGAAACCUUGGAAGGCUGAAUGUAUCAUAGACAGAAUUUAUAAAAUUUAAUUUAUUCCCAAUUUGACUAUUACCUGGAAGGAAUUAUGUAUGUAAAGGGUCGACUUUUUUGUACAAACAAAUUGUAUAUAAAUAUGUGUGUAACACGCUGGAGAAGAUUAGAUACUGUAUUUUGAUAAGUGUGGAAUAAAAUUUAGAGAAAAACACA